UUAUUGUUGAGGUGAUAGCUCACUAGACUAUAUUGAAAAUUAGUUCGAUGAGGGUUGAAAAUUAAAAAUCGAUUUUUUUUUAUUGUCAUGUCAUCUAUUUACCUAUCAAAAUUUAUGGUUGAUUGUUGUUUAGGAUAAAUUUAAUGAAAUUGAAUGAUAGGUGACCAAUCACGAUAUGAGAAUUUAAAUUCAACUAAACUAUGACCAAACUUGCAAUUGAGUCCCUAGUCCCUACAAAUAUAUACCUAAUAUAAACAUUUAUAGGGACAAUUGUAUGCUAGAUGUGCGGUAAAGGAAACUAAAUCCAGCCGGUUGCGACAACGACGAGCAACGCUACUACUGUCUUCUGAACGGCCAUGGCUCACGUCGCAGCUUUCCCAUGUUUUAGCAGCGUCCUUAUGGCCGCCCGCCAGCGACAAAAUGGAGGAGAGAACAGUACAACAAGAAGGCAGCAGCAACAGCUGAAAACAUCGGGAGGAAGCACCAAGAAAGGUUUCGGCGGCGAGAGGAAGGAGCUUUCAUGGAAAUGCGUAGAGGGUUGCGGUGCGUGCUGCAAGCUUGCCAAGGGCCCCUCUUUUGCCACUCCCGAAGAAAUCUUCUCCAAUCCUUCCGAUGUCGAGCUGUAUAGAAGCUUAAUAGGCCCGGAUGGAUGGUGUAUACACUACGAGAAAAGCACCCGCAAGUGCUCUAUAUACGCAGAUCGGCCAUACUUUUGUCGAGUCGAGGUUGAUGUGUUCGAGUCCUUGUAUGGCAUCGACAAGAAGAAAUUCAAUAAAGAGGCUUGCAGCUCUUGUAGAGACACGAUCAAGGCGAUCUAUGGUUUCGAUUCAAAAGAAUUGGAUAACUUCAACCAGUCACUGAAGAAGUGAAAAUUGGCGCUUACAUAAUCCAUGCUCUGUUAGCUUCCAAUUCAUGAAAAAUGCAACAUCAUCUGUACAUCAAAGUAAGAAGCCUACUGAGUAUUCAUCUACAUUGUAUCCAGAUCCAAAUCGUCCUCAAUAUCAUCACCAUCUUCGAAAAGUUUUAGAAACCGAGCUUGUUCUUGUUGCCUCUUCUUCUUCAGCCAGUGCUUGUAUGCUACAACUGACCCCAGAAUCAAAACGGUGGAAACUAGAGCGCUGAUCAGUAUAAUCACAGCAACACGCAUUCCUUUCCCCUUGUGAGAUGAGCUACUAGAGUCUCCAUUUGAAUCUGUCGAGGAACAAUUAUGAACCGGCAACAAUUGAAAGUAAGAAAAGCCCUUAGCUAUUCAUCAACCAGCACAGAUAAUAGCAGAUUUAAACUUAAAAUGACAGGGCAACAAGAGUGUAAACCCUGAUUGUUUCGCCCUCACAGCACGGUCAACAAGAGGGUAAAAGACAUUUGCUUUGUGAAACUGAUCAAUUUGUGGAUCCUAAUUAAAAUCCAAAUAAAGAUGGGAAAUUUGCUUUGUGAAUCACAACCCAAAUGACAGAUUUCCCAUAAAAAUGACAGGGCAACAAGAGGGUAAACCCUGAUUGUUUCGCCCUCACAGCACGGUCGUGGAAUCUGAUCAAUCUGUGGAUCCUAAUUAAAAUCCAAAUAAAGAUGGGAAAUUUGC